AUGGAACAUAAAUUAUUCAGUGAAUGGACUUUUUGGUUUGAUGGAUUUUCAAAUAAAUCAACUGAAACAUAUGGUUCAAACAUUGUCCCUAUUGGAAGCUUUAAAACUGCUGAAGAAUUUUGGGGAAUAUAUGAUGCUAUUCCUAAAUUAGGCACAAUGGAAAAUGGAUCAGAUGUUUCAUUAUUCAAAAAUGGAAUUAAACCAAUAUGGGAAGACACUAGUAAUGUUGGAGGUGGAAGAAUACAAAUAAUUUUGACUAAUGCUAAUAAUGAGUUAUGUCAACAAUACUGGAGAGAUACUUUAUUAAGUUUAAUUGGUGAAACUAUUCCAUCUGCUUAUUGUAUCAAUGGUGUUGCAUUUUCUGUUCGUCAACACAAUAAAAUUGCGUUAUGGCUUGACAAAUCAGGAAAAGAACAUUUAAAUGAAAUAUCAAAAAAAUUAAGAGACAUUAUUCCUAGUGAAGGGACAAUCAUAUAUUACAGUCAUGACCCUUCUGUAGAGCCUAUUGUGUGUUAA